AUGGCGGCGUUCAGAGGUGCGGCGUUCUACGGUGUCAACCGUAACCGAAAAAGGCCACGCGUCAGUGAUGAGACGGCCGAAAGAAUCCUUGAACGAAUCGCUGGAACGGCCACGCCCAACAUUGAUCUUUCAGACAGUGACGACGACACUUUGGUAGACACUACAUUUUUGGCUCCACUUGAUACCCUGAGCUCUGAAGAGGACGAAAAUAGCGACGAUGAACGCCCGUCCACCUCGAAGACGACAAAGGGGCAGUCAUGGAAACGCCAUGAUGGGCCGCUUCCGUCUUGGAUUCCUGACUUCACAUCCACCCCUGAUGACAGUCAACAACGGGUUUCGUGCAGUCCAAGUGACUACCUCGUUCAGUAUGUGCCACAUGAAGUCUUCGAGAUGAUGGCUUUUGCCAUGAACACGACACAUGUUCAGGAGACUGGAAAAAGUCUGGAGACCUCAAUUCGCAUGUACUGGAUGAAAAAGACAAGGGUGCCUCUUGUUGCGGAUAACAUGACAAAGAACCGGUACUUUCAACUUCGGCGCCGGCUGAAGCUAGUUAACAAAUUUGAUGUAAGUGAGCAAGAAAAAGAAAAAGACAGGCUCUGGCGCAUGAGACCACUGGUGUCAUUUCUACUGGAAGGGUGUCAGAAGCUUCCUCGGGAAGAGAAUGUCAGCAUAGACGAACAAAUGAUCCCGUUCAGUCGACGAACGCAGCUGAAGCAGUUCGUACCACGCAAGCCAAACCCACAGGGGCUCAAAAACUUUGUGCUCGCCACGCCAGGCGGAUUAAUCUUCGACUCUGAGAUCUAUCAAGGAAAAAAGGCAGCAUUGUAUCCAGGCAGCUCUGGAAUAGAAGAAUCCGCAGUGCUGAGGCUCACUGAGACGCUCCCUCCCGGAACGAAGGUCUACUUCGACAGAUACUUCACAUCAGGGCCGCUGCUGGAUAAGCUAGCAGAAAACGGAAUCGCUGGCACGGGAACAAUUAUGAACAACCGGAUCCCAAAAGGGGUGAAACUAUCCACCCAGAAAGAGCUAAAAGAAAAAGGAAGAGAGAAGUCAGAGAUGUUUGCGAGAAGCGACAAAAAACAGGCAGUUGUACGUUGCGGGUGUCACGCUGCCGACACGCUGCAUCCGGUGCUUGAACCGGUGCUUAAACCGGUGCCGACGCAGCCGCAACCUAAGGGCCAGUUCACGCUGGCGGAAAGCAUGCCCUGA